CCAGGCCCCAAACCCACACAAAAUUAUUUCCAUAGUACCUAAAAUUCAUCCACGCUCCUGAACUCCGUUGUCGUCGUCACCACAAGUACGGGAAGUCCAGCACCAAGUCGCCAAAAUGCCUCAGGAAAUCGGAGAUAUCAAGAAGUUCAUCGAGAUCUGCCGGCGCAAGGACGCUUCCGCCGCCCGGAUUAAGAAGAACAAGGCUACUCAGCAGAUCAAGUUCAAGGUCCGCUGCCAGAAGUACCUCUACACCCUUGUUCUCAAGGACUCCGACAAGGCUGAGAAGCUCAAGGCUUCCCUCCCUCCUUCCCUGACCAUCGCCGACGUUGCCAAGCGCAACAAGAAGCAGACUGCUUAAAUCUCUCGACAAUGAGGAACUGAUGGCUGCUUUGGCGCGAACGGGAAGCGAGUGAAUGACGAUUUUCAACUGCCUGGUUCUGGUGCUGGACAUUUAAUUCUCGCGAACUAAGACGGCGUUCUCGGAUCGGGGGAAACCUUCAUGGGAUUGGGAACAGGAGUACUUGCGAGAGCAGGUGCAGGUCUUCGGAGCAGCGUGAUGACUCUUUAGUUGUCAAGGUCUCACCGACCGCAAACCAACCCCUUGCAGAGGGUCUGAAUACACAUUCAUGAGCGACCAAUUCUUGGACCCCAG